GAUAAAAGUACAGUAGGAGAAUAUUCUGGCUAUAGACAACAUAGUGAAGAAAGAGCCGAGCCCAGUGACAAAGGGAGAAAGUGGCAAACACGUGACCAUGGACAAAAUAAAUGAGGAGUUUGAGGAUGUGUUCACCGGAGAUGGCUGCAUGGAGGGUGAAUAUAGAAUAGAGAUAGAUGACAGAGUACCGCCAGUGAAACUGCCAAAGCGCAGAGUGCCUGUAGCUAUGAUGACACCUCUACAAGAGGAACUCAAAGAUCUAGAGAGAAGAGGGAUAAUCACACCAGUGGAACGCAGCACUGACUGGAUCAAUAGCAUGGUCGCAGUGAGAAAACCUAAUGGGAAGCUGAGGAUCUGUAUAGACCCAAAACCUCUGAAUCGGGCACUAAAAAUAAGUCACUAUCCACUCCCAACUAUAGAUGACAUCCUGCCGGAGAUGUCAAAGGCAAAAGUAUUCACAGUCUGCAACGUGAAGCAAGGCUUCUGGCACGUCAAACUAGAGGAAGAGUCGAGCUUCCUUACCACAUUCGCCACCCCAUUUGGUCGCUUCCGUUGGCUAAGGAUGCCGAUGGGAAUAAGCCCAGCACCUGAAGUGUUCCAAAGAAAGCUCAUACAGGCCCUGGAGGGCCUCCCAGGAGUCUGCGUCAUAGCAGAUGAUGUGUUAAUCACGGGGGUAGGAGCAACACAAGAGGAGGCAGGAAAGGACCACGACGAGAAAGUCAGACGCUUUCUAACCAGGUGCAGAGAGCGCAACAUCAAGCUGAACGCGGACAAAUUCAAGCUCAGACAAAAGAGGUACCCAACAUAG